CAUGAUCCAGCAGCAGCGUAACGGACACACGGCCUCUGUGGUUUCAGCACCUUUAACACAGCGACUGUCUUAUUCUACAACCUUCACAUUACAGCGUUUACUAUGGACGAAGACUCCGCAAUGAAAGCGUCAAAAAGACGAGAGCGUCCACAAGCCUUGGAGAAUGCGGACACGAGCAUUGGCUUGUGUGGCUGGCUGAUUGUGGGGUUCUCCAUCCUUCUCAUGCUGGUUACCCUGCCCAUCUCCAUAUGGAUGUGCAUCAAGAUUGUGAAGGAGUACGAGCGAGCCAUUAUCUUCCGCCUGGGGCGCCUUUUACGAGGAGGAGCCAAAGGACCAGGGCUGUUCUUCGUCUUGCCGUGCACCGACAGCUUUAUUAACGUGGACAUGCGCACCAUCACCUUCGACAUCCCGCCGCAAGAGGUUUUGACCAAAGACUCCGUGACAGUGAGCGUGGACGGCGUGGUGUACUACCGGGUCCAGAAUGCUACUCUGGCUGUGGCUAACAUCACUAACGCAGAUGCCGCCACCCGCCUGUUGGCCCAGACCACCCUGAGGAACGUCCUGGGUACCAAAAACCUGGCAGAGAUCCUGUCUGACCGCGAAGAAAUUGCGCACAGCAUGCAGUCCACUCUGGAUGAUGCUACAGAUGACUGGGGCAUCAAGGUGGAGCGAGUGGAGAUCAAAGACGUCAAGCUGCCCCUUCAGCUCCAGAGAGCCAUGGCGGCCGAGGCUGAAGCCACCCGCGAGGCCAGAGCCAAGGUCAUAGCCGCAGAGGGUGAGAUGAAUGCAUCGCGGGCGCUGAAGGAGGCCUCCCUGGUCAUUGCUGAGUCUCCGUCAGCCCUGCAGCUGCGCUACCUUCAGACCCUCAACACCAUCGCCGCUGAGAAGAACUCUACCAUCAUCUUCCCGCUGCCGCUGGAGAUGAUGCAGGGGUUUAUCAAACGCUGAGGAGGAGACCCAUCAUUCACAUAUAUCACCUAACACAGACACACACACACAUACACAUGCGUAGACCCCAUGUCCAUUAAGCAGUUUCUAUAGCCUCAUACCUCCGUUUGACGUUGCACUGGAACACACAGCAAAGACCAAUCAACCAACUGACAUGCAUGUAUGCUUUCCUCUUGCUCGUACAUUUAUCAUCUAAAAAGGAAAUAUUGCCCAAAUUUACUCACCAGCAAGUCUUUGGUUACUUUGUUCUAAAUUACCUUUUUAUGCAAAAAUAAUAGUAGAUUAAUCAGACAGCUUCAGCUGAUGAAGAGAAGUUAAAAAAUGAAAUGCAAUUGACUUUACUAAAUCUGUAGCAGUCGGCUUUGUUCGUCCACUGAGUUUGACCAAAUCAGGUGCUUGCUGUAGUUAGAUUUGGAUUUGUGACUUGAGGCCUGUCCACCACCAAGAGUAAUAACUAUAACAGUAACUAUAAAUAUGUAGUUUAUUUUGAUGACAGAAAAGAUAAAAUAUGCAAUAGCAUGUACUUUGCGGCACUAUCUACAGAAUGUCAUCAUUCAUAGGUGUAGAUGUUCACAUCAUUAUUGUUACUGUAUAUCAUUCUUGGUGUGGAGGACCGUUUUAUAGUUCGGAAUGGCCAAAGUGCAGCAGGUGGUUUAGCUGUUAUCUUGCAAUUUUAGUUUUGUCUGACAUAAAAUAGAAGCCUAAAAGUUCUCAUCAGCAGUUUAGCAAACAUUUUAAAGGAAAGUGCCUGCUGGAUAUGUGGCCUUACACCUGCACACACACACACACACACACACACACACACACACACACACACACACACACACACACACACACACACACACACACACACACACACACACACACACACACACACACACACACACACACACACACACACACACACACGCGCGCGCGCGCGCGUAUAUCCUUGUACUUCUGGAUGUAAUAUCCCCUGAUAUUGUUGCACUCCUGAAACCACUGCCAACAUCAUAGUGUGAACAUACUGUGUACAGUACACUGUACUUGCUUUGCUCUCAUUCUUUCACUUUAAUCUGAAGAAUUGUGAAUGUGAAAGAAAGAAACAUUCAUUUACAAAUACAAUUGUAAAUACAAUAGAAAUUAUUUAAGAGGCAUGCGAUGGAACCACGCUGAAGAUGCAGUGAUGUAAUAAUGGAGGAGUGAGUUUGUGGUACUGCAGCCUGUACUAAACAGCAUGAGUGGUAUGCAGCUGCUUUAAAAUAGCCUGUUAAGAUAAGGAUUGGCCAGAGUGAUGUGUAUAUAACAUGAAUACACACACACACACACACACACACACACUUUCCCUCCAGUUGCCAUAACUACUGUCUCAGAUUACAAGUGGCUGAGACAUAUUGUUACUGUUGCAGUACAUUUACAGUAUGCUUUCUAUUCACAUGCAGUAUACUGUAUGUAAUAUUUAGAGGGGUGGGGAAAUUAUUAGGAACACUUUACAGUAUCUAUAUAGAGUUGACUUCCUCUUAUAGUCAAAGUGAACUUCAUCAGUUUCACUGGGACAACAGUGUGUAUCGUAGGACUGUCAGUGUUCUUAUUAUUUUGUCCACAGUAGAGACUGUAAGAAAGCAACUUAUCGCAAACCUUUCUGCCGAAAGCCUUAACAUACUGCCAUAGCUUCAUUAUAUACUCCAAUACAUUGCUAUGCAUUUCCAAAUGAAACCUCAUAUAGCAGCCUUAUUUACCUUUAGUAUUCACAUGCCUGAUUUUGGGUGUAAACAAGCCAAAUAGUUUAUGCAUCUAUCUAAACUGAACUGUAGUUGUUUGUCUUUUUUCUCCUUUUGCCAGUUGCAGGCCAGGAGUGUUAGUAAAUGUAAUGUGAGCAUCAGCAACUAUUGGGUGUCGAUUAAUAGUGUUUCUUUAGAUUUUUAUAUAUAUAUAUGGGUCAAUGACGUAUAAGGAUUUUCAACAACUCAAUUUUAAAUAAUAAAAACAAGCAUAUCUAAUGCAGUAGUUCAAGCAUUCAGAAUGUUGUGUACCUGACAAUUCAUAUUACAAUUUGAAAGUGAUUUUAAUGGUGGUUUUUCAAGAUUAAUUGGCACUGGCCUUAAAAAAAAGUCAUUUGGUGCGACCAUGAUUCAUCUUGAAAUGUCUUAUAUAAAUAAAAGACCAUCAUUUACAAAGAUUUUUUUUUUAAAAAUGCAAAUACUUUGUUUCCAAACACUUUAUAUUACUGAAAACUUGUAAAAAAAGAUGUGAAGCGUGUUAAGUAAAUUAAUUUAUUUCAAGAUGAAUCAUGGUCGCACCACAUGACUUUUUUUAUGGCCAGUGCCAAUUAUUCUUGAAAAAAACCAUUAAAAUCACUUCAUUUCAAAUGUAUAAUAUGGAUCUUCAGGUACACAACAUUCUGAAUGUUUGAACUACUGCAUUAGAUAUGCUUGUUUUUAUUAUUCUACAAUUGAGUUGUUCUA